AUGGCAACGCCUUUUAUUCCAAUUGAUCAGGUUCUCCAAGUAAUCAGAAACAAUCCGAACGUGUGCAAGAAUAUUCACCUUCCGGCGCAAAGUGGGAACAGCGAGAUUCUGGAGAAGAUGCGACGAGGUUACACACGGGAAGCCUAUUUGGAACUCGUGGAUCAUAUCCGUAGUCUCAUUCCUAACAUUGGUCUGAGCUCGGAUUUCAUUUGCGGAUUUUCCGGCGAAACCGAUGAGCAAUUUCAAGAUACAUUGACUCUCAUGGAGGCCGUGAAAUACAACUUCGCGUAUCUUUUUCCGUACAGCUUACGUGAGAAAACCCACGCUCACAGGAAAUUAACUGACGACGUUGCGGAGAAUGUGAAGAAGCGGAGGUUGGUGGAAAUGCAAACUGUCUUCCGAAGUUGUGCAGAAAAAUUGAAUGCUGCUCAAGUAAAUCAAUUGCAACUGGUGCUGGUGGAGGGGGAAAGUAAGCGGUCUGAUGCGGAUUUGGCUGGAAGAAACGAACGAAACACCAAGGUAGUCUUUCCCAAGAUCAGCUUGGCCACUGGCGGCAAGGUACCUGUUCCUGGGGACUACGUCGCCGUGAAGAGGCCUGAAGCCGGUGAGAUGGCCCUGGCCAGACUGUCGUCGGUGAAGCUGCUGUGUCAGCUGAGGCCACUUGUGGGAGCAGUGCGAAACGCAGGGCACUGGAACUACGAAUGGCAGCCGGGUCCUUACCCGAAAACCCCUGAAGAACGAUUGGCGGCUGCCAAGAAAUACAAUCUCGAACCCGAGGAUUACAAGCCGUAUCCGGAGGGUGAUCGCUGUCUCGGGGAUUAUCCCGAUUUACCGCCGGUUUCAACAGACGCGAGAGACCCGUUUUACCCCUGGGAUCAUGACGUGUACAAGAUUAACUACGGGGAAGCGUUGUACAAGGACUACGAGGCGUAUGGCGCAGACAGGCUGAGCAUCACCGUGAAACCGCGUUUCUCGUACCGCAAGAUGUGGACCACAUGCAUCAUUUCUAUCGUGUCCUAUUUCGUCAUUAUCUCUUAUUUUGACAGUUUCAGCUACUACCCGAUGCCGGUCAUGCCAAGGCAGUUCCCGGACACUGGAGCCACUCAUUACACCUUCGAGCCUGCAACUGACUGAGUGCUUCAUCCCCGCUUGAAAAUGAAUUGUAUCUAGUUCCGUGGUUUGUUUCUUUUUCAUAUAAAAAAAACAGUCGUGAUAAAAACGGGAACGCGUUUUGUGUGAAAUCCUGUGGUAGGCCGCGCAGAGGAAAAAUGGAUGAAUCCUACUA